UUAUGACGGAGCCAACGCUUCUUAACAUCUUGGAAAACACAGUUUCAUCAAAUAAAGAAGCUCUAGAAAACGCUCAGGCAUUUUUGGAAAACGCUGCAAACGUCAAUUUUCUAAGUUUCUGUGAGCAACUCAGUCAAAUAUUAUGUACACCAAGUGUUAACGAUGUGUGCAGAAGAGCAGCUGGUCUCCAGUUGAAGAAUCAGCUCACCUCGAAAGAGCAAACGACCCGAAAUGCUCAAGUCAGAAGGUGGAUUGAAAGUGAAGUAGAAACAAAGAACCGAAUCAAGCAAAACAUACUGAACACCUUAGGAACAGAAACUUACAGGCCUUCUACAGCUGCUCAGUGCGUAGCUGCAAUUGCUUGCGCGGAGUUGCCGCACAACCUUUGGCCCGAGUUGGUGUCAUUUUUGUGUCAGAAAAUUACAAACCCAGAAAGUUCAGAUAUGUUGAAGGAAUCAGCCAUUGAAGCACUGGGCUACAUCUGCCAAGAUUGCGAUGCACCUGAACUGGAAAACAAAUCGAACGAACUUCUGACAGCAAUUGUGAGUGGCGGAAUGCAACACGAUGUCCAAAACGACAACGUGAAGUUAGCUGCUGCAAAUGCACUGUUGAAUUCUCUGGAGUUGACCAGAAACAACUUCGAGAACGCCAACGAAAGGAACUUCAUAAUGCAGGUCAUAUGUGAAGCAACUCAAAGCAUCAACCAUAAGAUCAAAGUGACUGCCCUUCAGUGCCUAGUGAAAAUCAUGUCUCUGUACUAUCAGUUCAUGGAAACAUACAUGGGACCAGCUCUUUUUGCCAUUACACUGGAUGCCAUGAAGUCAUCAGAGGAGGAUGUUUCCCUGCAAGGUAUUGAGUUUUGGAGCUCAGUAUGUGACGAAGAGAUGGAUCUUCUGAUUGAGGCCCAGGAAGCAGCAGAGCAGGGAAGGGCACCUGAAAAUGUGUCUAGACACUAUACCAAAGGCGCUCUGCAGUAUGUUGUCCCGAUUUUAUUGGAGACUCUGGCUAAGCAGGACGACGACGAAGAUGAAUGGAAUCCGUGCAAAGCAGCCAGUGUGUGUCUUAGCCUCGUUGCGAACGUCUGUGAAAACGACAUAGUACCACAUGUACUGCCGUUUGUAGAGGCCAACAUCCAGAGCACUUCUUGGAACAACAGAGAUGCGGCAAUCAUGGCUUUUGGCUGCAUCCUCGAAGGUCCAGACACCGCCGCUUUGAAACCUCUGGUUUCGCAGGUCUUCAACCCUUUCCUAGUGAAUAUGCUUCGUGAUGUAUCUCCUGCAGUGCAGGAUACAGCUGCCUGGGCUAUCGGAAGAGUAUGUGAGGUGCUUCCAGAUCUAGCAGUUGCACCAGAGCACGUCCAACAUCUGGUAUCGGAACUCCUGGAAGCGCUGAACCGGGAACCACGAGUUGCAGCGAACGUCUGCUGGGCAUUCACGAGCUUGUCAUCUGCGGCAUAUGAGUACACGAGUGAGAGCGAGCAUACAGAUGAACCGGCUACCUUUAGUCUAUCUCCAUUUUAUGAGGUAAUAGUUCAGGCCUUGAUUGCAACAACAGACAGACAAGACGCAGGUCAGUCCAAUCUGAGAACAAGCGCAUAUGAAGCUAUCAUGGAAUUGGUGAAGAACUCGCCGCAGGACUGCUACGUGCACAUUCAGAGCACAACUAUAGCUGUGAUGGAGAGGCUGCAGAAGAUAAUCUACUUGGAUGAUAUAUCCCAGUUGAGUGCAACUGACAGACAACAAUUCACAGAUUUGCAAUCUCUCCUUUGUGCUACCCUUCAAAGUGUCCUCAGGAAAAUCAAAGAAGAAGAUGCAGUGCAAAUAGCCGACAGAGUCAUGGAGGCUCUUCUGCAAAUGUUGAACACUAAGUCAGCUGCACAGAGUUCUGGAGUUCAGGAGGACGCCUUAAUGGCCAUGAGCACUUUGGUCGAAAGAGUGAAAGGUGGAUUCAAUAAAUACAUGUCACACUUCUUCCCAUUUCUGAAACAGUACCUGCAGAAUGCAGAUGACCCUCAGUUAUGUCAGGCAGCCGUAGGCUUAGUGAGCGAUCUGGCACGCUCGAUGGGUUCCGAUCUGAUGCCUUACUGCAAUGACAUAAUGACUGUACUUCUGCACCAUCUAAGUAACAACUCGAUUGACAAGAGUGUGAAGCCGCCAAUCAUCUCAGUCUUCGGGGAUAUUGCUCUUGGAAUUGGUCCGGCCUUCAUAACUUAUGUGGAUAUUGUUCUCAAUACGUUACACCAGGCCAGUCAGUUACAGGUCAACAGGGAAGAUUUCGAGAUGGUUGACUAUUUGAACGAGCUAAGAGAGUCCUGUCUAGAGGGCUACACCGGAAUAGUCCAGGGAUUCCGUGGCGACCAACCCUCUGCUGCUGGAACAGACCCUAACUCUCUGGGACCAGCCGGGGACCUUGCCUCGCAACCACUCAGUAACGAACUAGCUGCAAUGCAGCAACACGUUCAAAAUAUUGUCAAGUUUAUUCUAGAUAUCGCGCAAGAUGAAGACAGAACUGAUGGUUUGGUUUCGGGCGCUUGUGGGCUAGUCGGUGACUUAAUAGCUGCAUAUGGUCCUAAGAUUGUUCAUCUUUUUGAAGACCGUGUGUUUAAAGACUUACUUCAAGAAGGUAGAAAAUCCAAGCAACAGAAAACGAAGACUUUGGCAAUCUGGGCUUCCAAGGAAUUGAAGAACUGUGCCCGCGUUUGAAAGUCGACUUUUUUUGAACUCUUAGCAAUUUAAUGAACUUGAGACUGUUAUGCUAUUAGUGAAAUAUUACAUACUUUGUUUUGACAAUGUUUUUUGAGCGAACUGAAACUUUUCUGCUGUGAACUUUGUUUUGUUUCUAGAAUGAUAUUCUUUUUUCCUGUCGAAAUCAUUUUUUUGUGCGCAAUUUUGUACAAUCUGUCAAUUAAAUUUUAAUCCAAACCGUGGAAACUUGAAAAAAUAUAUAGUAAAUUUU